AAAAUGGCGGAAGGGGAGGUGGUAAAGCUACAGAAUCACCUCAGUCUGCUGAGAGAGGAGUAUGUCAAGCUCCAGAACCGCUUGGCCGAGGUGGAGAAGAAGUACCAGAUUGCAGUGGCUGCCUCGGGACAGGGAGUGGAUGACAACUUUGUGGCCAGGUUACUCAAAACAGUCUCCGACCUGUUUGACAAAGAAUUGUACAGUGAUUUGACCAUUAGUCUUGAAGGAUCCAGGAAUUUGAGGGGCCAUCGUUUUGUUUUAGCAGCAAGGAGUGACUACUGGGGGGUGGAGGACCUCUCUCAGGUCACCACUUUGGACCUCUCAGAUAUCAAGUAUGAGGUUUCCUAUGCCCUGAUGAAAUGGGUGUACACGGACAGCAUUGACAUUAAGACAGACGAGUUGUUUCUGUUGGAACUUCUGCGUACUGCCACUCGAUUCAAGUUAAAGGUCCUACAAGAAAGGUGUGAGAAUGGACUGAUGUCUUUUGUCAACAUGAAGAAUUGUAUCCGGUUUUAUCAGACAGCUGAGGAAAUUCAGGCAGAGCUUUUAAAGAAUCAUUGUUCAGAACUUAUUUCAAACCACUGGAAUGAUUUUACCAGUGAGGACUUUGAACACAUGCCUGCCCCCCUGCUGUAUCAGAUGUUUAAGACAAAGACCGAGUACCCACUCCACACUGCCAUCCGGGCCAAGCGGGAGGAUGUGGUCUUCCUUUAUCUGAUUGAGUUUGAUGCCCAGCUCCGCGGAAAGUUAGUGGAGAAGCUGAAUGAGGUGGACAACCGGGGUGAUCUCCCCUUGGAUCUAGCACUGAGCACUAAACAGGAGAGCAUUGCCAUGACACUUGUCAAUCAUAAAGUGGACGUCAAUCGCCGUGACAAUGCAGGGAAAUGUCUACUUCACAAGGCUAUCAAAAGAGGUGAUGAGUUCUCUGCCACAUUCCUGAUUCAGCAUCAUGCUGAUGUAAAUCUGACAACUUACCUGGACAAGGAGAGUCCACUUCACAUGGUGGCCAGCUAUAACCCGGAGGUCACUGGGUCAGAGGUCAUGGCUGGGAUGGCCAGGCUAGCACAGAAAAUGAUCGACUUCGAGGCGGAUCCCAACCUACAAGAUGCCUCAGGGAGUACGCCACUUCACUGUGCUGUGUUCAGUAAGAAUGAGCCAGUGUUGAAGAUACUACUGGAUUGUGGGAAGGUCAAGUUUGAGCUGAAGAACUCAGAUGGUCACACCCCUCUCUGGCUGGCUUUACAACAGGGGGAGGAGCUAGGUGGGACAUCAGAACAGGUGUACAGUCCUUCGAGUUUUGCUGCGCAGCUUAUCAGUAAGGGAGCCUCCCCAGAUGCAGUGGAACCAGAGACAGGUGAUUGUCUUUUACAUCUCUGUGCUCAGUGUGGUAACUCAAGGGCAGGAAUAUUUUUAGCCAAACAUGGAGCAAAAGUGAAUCUCACAAACAGUAAGGGAGAGACUCCUUUACAUUUAGCUUGCUUAAAAGGAUUAACUGAAUUAGUAGAAGUUUUAUUAGACAAGGGAGCCAAUCCCAACUCACAGACUCAUACUCCCUCUACUGGACAUCUGGGUCUUGAAGAGGAGACAACUCCUGUAUCACAACAAACACCACUUCACCUUGCCUUGGUCAACAACCAUUCCAGUAUUGUAGAACUCUUUCUUCAACACAAAAUCCAUGCUGCACACAGUGUAGACUCCCUGAAGAUUAUACCAAGCUUCAACAUCAAGGAUUCUGAGGGUCAAACAGUGCUGGGUCUGGCCCUGUGGUCUGGACUCCACGAAGAGGCUGGGCGACUCCUUGGGGCAGGGGCCAACAUCAACGAGAAAAACUCAGAGGGCAUGACCUUACUUCACCAGGCCAUAGAAAAACAGGACACCAGCAGUGCCUUGUUUCUGAUAGAACACAAAGCUGACCUAACCAUUAAAACCAAUGAUUUUGAGACCCCACUGCAGCAUGCUAUACGGCGCCACCUACCAGUAGUUGUAGAUGUCCUCAGUAAAAAGGGAGCCAACUUAAACAUCAAAAACCAAGAGGGAGACUGCCCAUUGUGGCAGGCAUUGGACUCGGGCCAAGAGGACGUCGCUCAAGUUCUGGUAAAGCAUGGUUGUGAUGUAGAUCUGUGGUCGGAGGGUCCAGGGAAAUGUCAACAGACGCUGCUUCACCGGGCCAUUGACGAGAACAAUGAAUCCAUCGCCUGCUUCCUCAUCAAAAAUGGCUGCGAUAAGAACAGUCCACGCCGACCCGGACUGAAUGGAGAGGGAGAGGAUGAGGCAAGGGAUGGGUGUUCCCCACUUCACUUGGCCUGUACCUGGGGCCUGGAGCUGGUGGUACAAUGUCUGAUGGAGUACAACGCUGAUGUCAACACCAAGGAUGCAGAGGGAAAGACUCCUAUCCACAUUGCAAUAGAGAACCAGCAUGCAGUGAUUAUCUCCCUUCUACUGGCUCAUCCAGGAUUAGAUCUGACUAUCAGGGACAGGGCAGGAUUAACUCCCUUUGCUGCUGCUAUGACAACCAAGAACAACAAAGCAGCACAGGCUAUUCUGAACAGGGAACCUAAUGCAGCAGAACAGGUGGAUAACAAGGGGUAUAACUUUCUCCACACUGCCAUACAGAAGAGUGACAUAGAGAGUGUGUUGUUUCUGAUGAGUGUCCAGGCCAAUGUGAACUCCCCCACUCAGGACUCCAAGAAGCUGAUGCCCCUCCACCUGGCCGUGAUGGCUGGCUCCGAGAUGAUCGUCAGGAACUUGUUACUUGCUGGAGCAGAUAUAAAUGCCAGAACCCGACAUGAUGAGACCUCCCUCCAUCUGGCAGCAGAAAGGGACCACGCCUCCAUCUGUUCCAUUCUCCUUGGCAACAAAAUUGACUUUGAUGCUUUGGAUGAGAACCAGAAAAAUGCUCUUCACAUUGCCACUCAGGCGGGAAACAUCAACACUGUGAGAGUGUUACUGACCGAAUCUCGAAUCAACGCUGAAGCUGUCAACGCCAAGGGACAGACUCCUUUGCAUAAUCUUGGUCAGUAUGGGAAAGAGAAUGCAGCAGCCAUGUUUGAACUUUUCCGGGAAACCAUGCCUGACUAUCCACUGGAUAUUCCAGACUCAGAGGGGAAUACUGUGCUGCUCCUAGCCUAUAUGAAUGGUAAUGGUAACCUUUGUCGCAGUCUGGUCAGGGCAGGUGCUCGACUAGGAACCAUGAACAAACAGGGAAUCAGUAUAUUCAAUGCUCCAGUCGCCACAAAACAACUACUCUUUAAACUUUUAGAUAUGUUAUCCUCAGAACCUCCUUGGUCUGAGGGGGAGAUUUGUCUGGAGUGUGGGGUCAAGUUUGGCAUCAAAACCAGAAAACAUCACUGCCGCCAUUGUGGACGAUUACUGUGUUCCAAGUGCUCAGCUAAAGACAUGCCUAUCAUUAAGUAUAACCUGUCCAAACCUGUACGUGUUUGUGAAAUGUGCUUCGAUGUUCUAAGCCUCGGAGGGACGUUUUAAUCGACAUUCAACUUAGUUUUUUCUCUGUUAAUGCUUACAGUAGUCAGUGAUAUAUUUGCUUUGUAAGCUGUACUUUUUUUAUUUGAAAAAAAAAGCAUAAAAAAUUCUCCAGUUAUUGUGGACAAUGUCUGAAUUAGCAUUCGCAUUUAUUUUGACAGCUUAGCAUCAAAAUGAAUUUUUUUUUAUCAAAUGGGAACAAAAUAACCUCUGUAUUAAUUGUACUUCCUUUUUAUUUUGAAUGUAUGUACUGUAGUUUUGGUAGUAGUUGAAAUUCUCUUUUAUGAGACAUGGAGAGAAGCUCUAAGUAUAAAUUUCUAGUAACCAUGUCUUUAUACAUUCUGGGAACAGAUUGAUUUCUUGGGAAUGGACAGCAAAGGUUAAGCGUCGAAGUACUGCUCUUUUUAUUUGGAUGGAGAGAUUAUGUUUCCUUAAACAGUUUUUAAAACAAAAACAAAACACUUUUCAUUUUGAAUUUGUGAACAAUUCUUCCUAAGACACUGUUUUCCAGAUAAAUAUAAUCUUCCAUAUUGGAACUUCCUCACAAAAUAUUGCCCUGGUACACAUAGAUAGGCAUACACUUCUUGUGAUUAAGAAGAAGUCUUUGUAAUUUGAGUACUAAUAAACUGCUCUUUAGCCAUGUCUUCUAGAACUUGUUACAUGUAGAUGCACAAGUGAUACUGUAUGUUCCUAAUUAAACGUGAAGAAUUAAUAUCUGCAUAAAAUCGCGAGAAGCACAUCUGGCAGAUUUUAAAAUCUCACUUUAAUUUUUGGACAGAUGUAAACUACAUAAUUAUGUAAAUGAAACUAGUGCGGUAAAAAUUGGGCAUUCGCAAUUUUAUAUUGCAGUGACUUGAUGCAAAACUGUUGAAUCGCAUUAUUAAGUACUUGCAUAAAAUAAGGAAUCUACAGUUAUCGGUAAUUAGUUACAUGUACUUAUUUCAUCCUCUUACCUUUUGUUUAUAAGCCAAUUAUUUUCUGAGAACUGUAAACCAAUUUUUCUUCACAACAAGUUUAUAUCUUGUAAAACCAGUGAAAAACUAGUUAGAAUGAAAUAAUUUUUAAAGUAACUGUUGAAACCUUCAUUGAUGAUAUCAGGGACUUAUAUACUAAAUAGUUAUGAGAGGUAUGCUUUGUGGCAUUAGAUCUUUUUAAGUUGAGACUCACAAUCCGUGCAAGAUGUUUUGGCAAACAAACAAAAACUCAUUUCCAGAACUAAAACUUGCAUUUGUGGAUCAAAUAAAACUUUCCAUCCAUUAAUGGAUGAAAAACAAAUUUGAUAGAAUCACGCUACUUAUGCUACAUAUAAAGAUGGGAUGAUUGUUUUCAUGAAAUGAAUCCUUUGGAUUUUUUCUGUGUUUGAUUAAUAAAGACAUCAAACCACGAUAUACAAAGAUAGAGUGAAAAUCAAACCAUUUGACCCUUUAUUUGAAAGAAACUAAAAAUAUGACAAGUUGGAAUUGAACUUAUUUACUGGUAAUACUUACUGGUAUAUUAUUAUAAGUUACCUGCAUAUGUUGUCCAUUAGAUAAUAUAAAUAUAUGGUCACCUUAUGGUGUUCAAAUAUCAUAAAAUUACAACCUUAUUACUCUAUUCCUUAUACUCCUUUUUAUUCACUUAUGAAUUACCUCAAAUAUAAGUUGAAGCAUAUCUAGAAUAUAACAGUAUGUAUACUACUUGUAUGGUAAAAUCUGUCUUGGAAGUUGGAUUAAUUCAAACAUGAUGUUUGUAUGUGAACUGUAAAGUUUAAUGUUAGCUUGAUAGUAAUGAAAUGUAAUUUAUUCUGUCAAGUAAGUUCCUGAUUUUAUUUUUGUAAGCUGGAACUUAUAAAUCCUGUAUGUUUUAAUUGUUAUAAUCUCUGUAGGCAUUAUGUAUUAUAUAUAACACUGUUGUUAAUGUAAAUUACAAAGACACAAUUAAUACUAAUUAAUAUCAAUACAAAAUAUUAUAGGUAAAACAGGCAUUACAUAUUAUAUAAAUAGUGCCUGUUUGGGAGGGUAAGAGUUGAAAUUGACACCCCGAGGAAACCAUUGUCAACCGACGCAAAGCGGAGGUUGACAACGGUUUUCGAGGGAUGUCAUUUUCAACUGUUAUCCUCCCAAACAGUCACUAUUUAUUUUAUUAUACUGAAUGUCUUAAUUUUAGAGAAUUUUUAUAUUGCUUUUUUAUAGAAAUGACGUGAAUUCUACUGCGAACCGUACGCGCAUAAUUUACGCGCAUGUAACAAUUCGUUGUGUUACCCGUUGCCAAGUGUGUUGCUAAGGCUGAGGGUAAUAGAACUGAUUAUCAACUGCGUCUUAACCAAUCAGAUUUCAGUAUUUAACAUGAAAGUAAAGAUAAUGGUCAACCUGUUGUAAGUUUAUAGCCAUAUCAGCUACUUAAACUAUUUCUGGACAUCCUAAUCAUACAAUUUGUAAAUAUGCCUAUUACUCUGACGAACCUCUGACUUGCAUAUCUACUCUGUGGUAUACUGCGGGUAAUAGCAAUUGCAAUUUUAAAGCUUAAGUUAGAAGGUUACCUAUAUCUUUCACAACAAUUUUUUGCAAAAAAUUACAUGGCUUUUUUAAAUGACAUUUUAUUUCAAACAGCUAGGUAAUAUUUGAAUAAGUUUACACUUUUAACGUAGUUACAUGGUUGAAAUGACUAUGUGUAUACUACGGCACUAACGGUUGUCAGGGUCUUGGGAGUCAGGUCAAGGUCUGUCAAAAUGAAACUAGAUGAUAGAUCCACUCACAUACUGCUUCAGUAACAAGUGAUGGAGGGUAUCUAAAAUCCGACUGAACGGAUUGACCCAGUCACACACAACUGAGUGACGUUCAGAACAACUUUUAUAUCCUGAAGUACAGGGUCUAUGUGCAAUACCAGGAACUAAUUUUGUUAUAUUUAUUUACAGUUUGUUACUGCUUUUUAAGUACUUGUAAUGCAUUAAAUGUGUCCAAACACAU